GCGACACCGUUCGGCGGCACGAAACGCCCCUCCGAACGCGAGCACAACCCCCCGGAACUCCGUCACCGCCGAGCCGGGCCGGCCGCGCCGGAGGGAAGGCGCCUGACGCCAUCGCACCGCGCCGCCGGGCCCGUGAGUGCAUGGCCGUGCCGCGGGAGCCGCCCGCCGCCCCGGCGCUGCCGCCCUCCGCCGCCGCCGCCGCCCCGUCGUUCGGCGCGGCCCGCGCGCUGGUGGCGCGGCGCCACUCGUGCCUGGUGGCGGCGCCGCGCCGGCGGCACGUGGCGCUGCCCCCGCGCUUCCUGGGCCGCAAGCGCUCCGGGAUCCGCGCGCAGCUGGACGCCGAGCUCCUGCGCUACUCGGAGAGCCUGCAGGGUGUGCCGGUGGCUUACGACAACAUCAAAGUGGUGGGGGAGCUCGGCGACAUCUACGACGAUCAAGGAUUCAUCCAUCUGGACGUCGAGGCGGACUUCAUCAUCUUCAGCCCCAAGAAAGGGAAGAAGCUGGUGGGCGUAAUUAAUAAAGUGGCCCCUAGUCACAUUGGCUGCCUGAUACAUGGAUGCUUCAAUGCAUCUAUCCCUAAACCUGAACAAAUGUCCAUUGUACAGUGGCAAGAGCUGGGGUUAAAAAUAGGGGAUGAACUGAAAUUUCAAGUGUUGCACUUGGAUUCUGAUACAGCUGGGGUGUUCUUCAUUCGAGGAGGACUCACUAAAAGCAGGUACCGUACCUUAAUAGGAUAUUUUUAACUGAUUUAAUAUGUUUUUUACAAGCUAAGUGAUUUUAAUUACAUCUUAAUCUUUCAGCUUUCUUACUUUUACCCUAUAUAACUGUAUAUAUAACUAUAUGCAUAUAUAUAUAUAUACACACACAUAUAUAUAUAUAUAUGUUGUCUUGAACUGAACUUUCCAUUGUUUAGGAUUCCCACAGAAGUUUUCUCUGAAAUAAGUAAAAUUAGGUGUUUUUUAAGCUUUAAAAAUCUGAGUAUGUUGAUGUACUAUUAUGUUGAUUGCAUUUAUAAAUACAUGCUCAAAAUAGCACAUCGAGGUGUCCAGAGUAGCUUUGUACAUUGGCUUUUCAAGUGCAAACAGUCCAGGGGUGCUGACAGAGUGGUUACAUUGACAGUUGCACACAAACACUGUAUAAUGACAGAUGCAUGACUUAAAUAUUUGCUGAAACCUGAGAAUUUCAAAGAUGAGAAAAUGUGUCUACUUCCUCCUUAGGCCUCUGUGAAUUUAUAGGGCACCUUGCAAGAAAUCUUGUCUUCAGAAGAGUUCGUUCACAUUUUUUCUUUUAAAACAGUCAUUUACUGAGCAAUGUUUUUCUUUCAACAUGGUUUUGUUUUGAUUAAAUGUAUAAUAUGACUCCUACUGGCAAAUUCAUAGCAUUUUUUGUUUGUUUCUUCUUUUGAUCUGGGAGGAUGCUCUGGUUUGUUUCAGUGGAUUUACAGGGAAAUUUAGCAGUUUUGUCUUCAGUGCCUCUGGGGACAUAAAAACCUCCAUGGUUUCUAACUGCAUUCUUUCCAUAUUUGUCUGAGAUAUUUUUCCAGUGCUGCAGGUUGCAAGGUACCUGCUGGAAGUGGGGAAUCUGGUGGUUUUUUGUGAAGUUUUUUGGGGUUUUUUUUGGUUUUUUUUAAACUUUUUGGGCAUCACCUUUUUUUAAUUUGAGUAGGGUAAUUGCUUGGUAAAAUUAGCAGUGUGCCUCAAUAUAUGACUGAAUGGGCCAUUAGCUGUAUGUUUUUGUGAAUGACUUAAAAAAACAAAACAAAAAAGCUUUACUACACAAUGUGUAGUUAAGAAUUAGGGGAUGAAUAAGCACUAGAAAAAAGGAGCUACCAAAUGGUGUGUAUAGCACUUUAGAGAAGAAAUGUAGGCUAAGAUUUGAAAGAGAAUAUUAUGUGGUAAGAAGGAAGCUAGCAAGGUAAUAGAAAUUUCCCUGAGAGUAUUAAAUUUUGAUUCCCUGUAACACAGAGUAUCGUAUUCUCCAUUUGUUGUUGUUUUUAGCAAAUAUUUAUCUUCUAUCUACUUGGUGUAAAUAGAUAUUUUAGCAAAUUUUGACAUUUCACUAUGUGAGAUGCCCUAAUAUGUCUCUAAUCCAGUUCUUGUUGUGUGUUUCUUUACAGUAUGCGGCCGAAAAAAUCUGAUACAGUCACUGAAAGUACAAAUGGGGACAAAAUUCAAAAGCUUGACCAGCAGGAAAAUGGCCUGAAUACCUGUGGGGAAGAUAAUGUCACAGAAGAGCCUUUAAAUGAGACGGGUAACCUUGGGAGGGAAAAUGAAGAAGAGCCAAGUGUUGAUGCUGUGAAUGGAUUAUGUGAUGAUAAAAAGAAGAAGAAGAAAAAGAAAAAGGACAAGGACAAGCAAGGGGAACAGGAACUUGUAUUGCCUACCAGUGACUCCAGUGGUUACCAAAGUGACCAUAAAAAGUCAAAGAAAAAGAAAAGAAAGCAUUGUGAUGAAGUUGAAGAAAGUGAAUUAUCUCAGCUGUCAGAAAAACCCAAAGCGAAAAAGAAAAGGACUAAGGUCUGAAGUGUCUUCCCUGCGUUACAUUUCAGAUGUUUUUGAUAAGUUUCAAUAAAACCCUGUUUUGAAAAUGUG